AUGCAGCUGGAUCCCUCAAUUAGCUCAUCCAUUCCCUCUGAACUAACUCUGCAAGCAGAGGUUAUUACCUACAUGGACAGUGAUUUGUUCAAAGCCGCAGAAAAUGGUGACAUGGAACUAUUUAAUAAGUAUCAAGGUGGUCUUCAUUGCCUGUCAAAAUUGAUAAACGGUUUCUGUUUUUUCGGAAAAGGAGAUUUGAAAGAGUUCUCCAUUAACUUUGUUAAGCAACUUAUCGACGAGUGCCCAUCACUGCUACUGCAACCCAAUGCCAAAGGAGAAAUCCCAUUGCACGUAGCAGUUAGACACGGUCAUUCUGAUAUAAUCAAAUUCCUUAUUGAACGCGCCAAAGACCUGGAAGCAACCAGGAUGAAGCAGAUGCUGGAAAUGGCGGAUAAGGAGGGAAACACUGCUUUGCAUAAGGCAGCUGAAAGUGCUGACCGUGAUGUGGUGCGACUACUGGUAAAGGAAUUAGAUCCUGACUUUUCAUCCUCCGCUAAUAAAAGCGGUGAGACUCCAAUCUACAUAGCUGCCGGGAGAAGAAGCAAUCUUUUGGUGGCUGGGAUAUUGGAUAAUUGCAAGUCAAUGGACUGUGGCGGCCCUGAUGGUAGAACUGCUUUGCAUGCAGCAACCAUGGCCAGAAAUAAAGAAUCAGUGAGGAUAAUAAUAGAGGCAAAAAAGCAUUUAACAAAAGAAACUGAUGACAAAGGGCGGACUCCACUUCAUUAUGCCGUGCAAUUCCGUUCCCGUUCAAUUGCGCAACUGUUGUUAAAAGCCGAUCCAUCUGCUGCUUAUAUAACUGAUAAAGAGAGAGGGACGACGGCUCUUCAUAUGGCAGCUUGGAGUGGCCGGACGAACAUAAUGGAAGACAUUAUCUCCUAUUGUCCAGGCUGUUGUGAAAUUGUGGACAAAAGAGGAUGGAAUUUUCUUCACUUUGCAGUCAUGAAACAGAUUAUGGAAUUUAUGAAAGAUAUAGCUAAUAAUGCACAAGUGGCGGGGAUGCCGGUUCACUACCGCUUCCGUGAGAUUGCGAAGGAGGUGGAGAAGAAGGAUAUUCCCGAACACGAAAUUGACCCAAAAACCAGGGAGACCCAUUUGCUGGUGGCAACGCUUGUAGCAACCGUAACAUUUGCUGCAGCAUUCACAGUACCUGGUGGAAACAAGAGUGAGCAAGGCACUGCUACCUUGAGUCGUGACUCGGCUUUUCAAGCCUUCAUUAUAACAGGUACCCUGGCAUUUGUUUCUUCUCUUUUAGCCUUCUUCCUUCACUUUUUCUUAGUGCUUUUUCCUGGAGCCAAAGACUAUUUCCUAGUUCGUUUGAAACAUCUGGCGGAUUGGUUAACUGUUUUGGCGAUGGCAGCGAUGGUGGUUGCUUUCAGCACUGGUACUUACGCAGUGUUGCAAUCUUCCUUGGGAGCAGCCUAUAGAAUUUAUAAUGAUGCAGCUGAAUCCCUCAGUAGCUCAUCCAUUCCCUCUGAACAGCCUAUGGAAGAAAAGGUUAUCACCUACAUGGACCUUGUUUUGUUCAAAGCUGCGGCGGAUGGUGACGUGGAAGUAUUUAGUAACUACCAAGGUGCUCUUGAUUGCCUGAUUGACGGAAGCCAAAACACAGUGCUUCAUAUUUACUCCAGAACCGGAGGACGCCUGGUAGUCAAAAAUGUUAAAGGGUUUCUGUGUUUUCAGAAAAGGGUAUUUGAAAGAGAGUUCUCCAUUAACUUUGUGGAGCAACUUGUCGACAAGUGCCCAUCACUGCUACUGCAACGCCAUGCCAACUGGGAAAUUCCGUUGCACAUUGCAGCAGGACAUGGGCAUUCUGGCAUAGUCAAAGUCCUUAUUGAACGCGCCAAAGUAGUGCUAUAUGAAGACCCGGAGUGA